AUGGGUCACAAGAAAUCCUCUGUCUGGCGUUCUACAGGACGCCUCUGGCAUGAUUUCCUUAUCCAACUUUGUCAAAGUCAUUGCAUUCUCGUCUACUUGUUGUCGACUGCCGGCCCUUCCACCCAUGGGCAAGUGGAAGUAAUCAGUACAAACGAAACCGCAUUGCCUAGGAAAUCCCAGUGUAAUACUCAACGAGAAACUCCGUCCAACGACCUGAGAUUCGCGGCAACAAUCUGGUCACGAAAGCUACACGCCUAA